UAUGAAUCAAUAUUUGGCCACUCAUGACUCAAGUCUAAACACUUCUUUGUCUAAAUAAAAGUAUUCAUUCCCAAGAGCCAUAAGAGAACCCAUUCAUAAUAAAUCAGCGUAAUCCUCUUUCUUGAUUCAUGUAGAACCAAUGAAUUAAGUUACAAAUUGCCUUAAAACUUGGGAAGCAGAAUGGCUGGAAUAGGAUAUGGACACAAGUAUCUUAAAUUCAUAUAUUUAGACAUGAUUUCUCUAAAGAUGCUAAACCAGUCCCAGCACCAAAUUUAUAUGAAAUUUAAUCGUUUAUUGAAAAUAAUAUCGAUAAAAAGAAGGGACCCACAUUUGCUUAUAGCAGAGAUUAAAUGAAAGCCCAUGGAAUUUGGGGUUCUUUGAAUUAGCUAUCUCCAGGUCCUGGUAGAUAUGCUUCAACCAAAUCCCUUAUAGAUUCUAAAUUCACCUUUGGACUCAAACCAGGAUCAUUGAAAUAGUUAAAUACUCCUGGUUGUUAUAUGUUAUUUAUUUUUAGGACCUGGAAGUUAUGAAGCCAUUCAAAUAACAAAUCAAAGAGGAAAUUAAUUCAUCUCAAAAUUCAGAAGCUCAGGUGCUGCCAUCAUAGGCAAAGAUGAAAGCAGAUUUAAAACAUUAUAGAGUUUCAAAAUUAUUUAUCAAUAGCUAUGAAUAGUUUUCCUGAACCAGCUAGUUAUGAUAUCUCGAAUACAGGAAUAACUGGAACAGGAUUUUGUCCUAAAAAUGGAUUAAAAUCUACAGUCUAAAAUUCAUUUCCAAAAGCCAUAAGAAAAGGACCAUUCGAUUUAGGAGCAUAGAGUCCUGGCCCUGGAAGUUAUAAAGCAUAUUCAGAAUUUGAGUGAU